AUGCUGGAUUUAGAUUGUGAGCAGUGUGGGAGCGCGCGUAUCACUUCUCGUCCCUUCCCCUCUGCCUGCCCCUCGUGUGCGUACGCAGAGUGCACGCUUAAAGGCGCGGCACAGGUUUGGGGUCUUCCCCGGCGUCUUGUUGUGCUGCCGCCGGACCGGGUCGGGGCUACAUGGUCCCUGACCUCCGUGCACCUCAGGCUUAUUCACUCAGAUUGUGAGCAGUGUGGGAGCGCGCGUAUCACUUCUCGUCCCUUCCCCUCUGCCUGCCCCUCGUGUGCGUACGCAGAGUGCACGCUUAAAGGCGCGGCACAGGUUUGGGGUCUUCCCCGGGAACGAGAAGUGUGGCUUACCGCUGUCUUUCAGGCCGCCCCCCUGUGA